AUGUACAUGUACGAGUACGUGAACGCAGAGGCAGUGGCUGAAGCAGAUGCCACCUCCAAGGCUCCUGAGAAGCAGCGGGGCAAUGGGACUGGGCUAGUGACCGAGUUCGUGCUGGUGGGGUUCUCCAACCUUCCAGACCUGAGGACCACGCUCUUCGCGGUCUUCCUCCUCACCUACCUGGUCACCCUCAGUGGCAACGUCACCAUCAUCGCCAUCGUCCAUGCGGACCGCACGCUGCACACACCCAUGUACCGCUUCCUAGCCGUGCUGUCCCUCUCUGAGACCUGUUACACGCUGGUCACCAUCCCCAACAUGCUGGCCCAUCUGCUGAUGGAGAGCCAGGCCAUCUCCAUCUCUGGCUGCCGGGCUCAGAUGUUCUUCUUCCUGGGCUUGGGUUGCAGCCACUGCUUCCUCCUGACCCUGAUGGGUUACGACCGGUACGUGGCCAUCUGUCAUCCCCUGCGCUACUCGGUGAUCAUGAGACCCACCGUUUGCCUCUGCCUAGGAGCCUUGGUUUUCUGCUCUGGCUUCUCGGUGGCUCUGAUGGAGACCUGCAUGAUUUUCUCGUCGCCCUUCUGCCGCGGAGACCGUGUGGAGCACUUCUUCUGCGACAUCGCCCCGGUGCUGAAGCUCAGCUGCGCCGACAGUGCGCGCAAGGCGCUGGGCAUCUUCUUCCUGAGCGUGCUGGUGGUGCUGGUCUCCUUCCUCCUCAUCCUCCUGUCCUACGCCUUCAUCGUGGCGGCCAUCCUGAGGAUUCGCUCUGCGGCCGGCCGGCGCAAAGCCUUCUCCACCUGCGCCGCGCACCUCACCGUGGUCGUGGUGCAUUUUGGCUGCGCCUCCAUCAUCUACCUGCGGCCAGACUCUGGGGCCAACCCCGCCCAGGACCGCCUGGUGGCGGUGUUCUACACGGUGGUGACGCCGCUUCUCAACCCUGUGGUGUACACUCUGCGCAACCAGGAGAUGAGGGUGGCGCUCAAGAGGACCCUGGCGCGCAGCUGCGGGGUGUUGAGAUAA